AAAGUGACAAUAGCAUCAUUGCAGUCGAUCAUCGCUUGUGUAUGUAUAUUCAAAGCAGCAGAUAAACACUGGUUACUUGGUUAGUAAAGACAUGUGACUGGCGAAGGUGCAGCUGAUAAAGCGUGUGAAGCCGUCGGGCAUUAUUUUCCUAUAUUCGUGUGUGCACCAACUGUGGUGACAUGAUUAACAGGAUACCAAAAGGUUCGUCGGACAUCGACAUAAUUAGGACAGUAUUUAUGUACUGCUUCGGCGUGAUGAUAUUACCCGUGGCGACAUUUUUUGGUGUUAAGUAUGUGAUUUUUAACGGUAUCCUGUCUGAUGACUCUAUCAAGGCUAAUGUGUAUUCAGCGAUAACUGCAGUAAUAGUACUGCACAUUUCAUUGGUGUUUUUCAUAAUUAAAGCAUAUUCAGAGACUGAACCUCCUAAGCCUGUUACCAAACGGGAUUAAAGGUAUCUUCAUUGUGUGGAUAGAAUGAGGAAGCAGGUGCCCAUCAGAUGAUUGGUGAUAUGAUGAUAGAUGUUUUGCAAGCAAUAAAAUGUAACUGAGUGGGCAUGUGUCAUGCUGAACUACAUCAGUUUCCA